AUGAAUUUACAACCUGUAAGUUCUGGUUCAAUCAAUAUGUCAGGAGAUAGUCAUUAGAAUGGUCUUGAUCAUUAUCUAAAUGAACUAAAUAAUUAAAAUUUGAUGUAAGUAAGGAGACCAAAUGAAGAAUAAAUAUUGGCAUUUAUAGAUUUUGAGGGUAUUAAACCAGAUUAAGUAAUUCAAAAUAAAACCUUUCCUGAUAGUCAUAAAGAAAACAAGAGUAAAGAAAGUAAGACAUCAAAAUAGUAUCGGCAUAAUAGUUUAGAAAUCUCAGAAGUAUCACCUUUGAAACAAUCUCUUAGAGAUGAUUUAAUUCCUCUGGAUAGUCCAAAUAUUGAAUUUAAAAAAUUAGGAGAAUCAGAGGAUCAUAGAAAAAGUAAAACUGUGAUCAGUCCAGUUAUUUAAUCAUCUAAAUCACCAAAAAGAAAAAGUAAACAUUUCUCAAAGAUUUUUUCUAAAUUAACUAAUAGAAUGCAUUUAGCAAGAAAAUUCAUUUAAAAAAUUAAAUAAUUAUCCCCAUUUGCUAAAAAAAUAUCAAAAUAAUAGUUAUAAUUAAUCUAAGACUUAAGUUCUGAUAUUAGCCAUUCUAAUGAGAAAUAUAAUAACAUGAGUUUCAUAAAAAAUCAUGAGAAUUCUAAAUAGAAAAAGGUAUUAAAAAAAAUUGAGAGUAUGAAAGCAUUUAUUGCACUCAAAACUUAUUUUAGUGUUUGCAAAAUAUAAAAAAUAUUUUAGAAGUUAAAAAAUGAAACUAUUGAUCCUAAGGGAAAUUUUUUAUUUUUUUGGGAAUUACUAAAGUUUUUUUUGACUUUAGCAUCUUUAUUCUAGUUAUCAAUUUAAAUAUGUUUUAACUAGAAUGUUUUGAAUUGGUUUUUUAUUUCUGAAAAAGAAAAUUCUUAAAACAUUCUAAUCUUAAUGUUUAUAUUUUAUUCAUUAGAUAUUGUAUUAGGAUUUAGAACAGGGUAUUAUGAGAAUGGGGAAGUUGUAACAAAAUAAUAGAGAGUAGCUAAAAGAUAUUUAAAGAAAUACUUUUUUGUUGAUUUGUUUUCAAUACUUCCAAUAUUGAUUAACAUAAUAUUAAUUUAAUCAUUUGAUACAGAUAAUACAAUAAUUAAAAUUGUGAAUUGUUUAUCAUUUUUAAGAUCUAAUGCUUUAAAUAGAGUAUAUCAUUCAUUAGAAGGGAGAUUAUUAAGUAAUCCAAGAUUUGUAAUUGGAUAUCGAUUUUUGAGUGUAAUAGGAACAGUGUUUUUAUAUGCACAUGUAUUUGGAUGUCUAUGGUAUGUUGUAGGAUAAAAGAACUAAAAUAAUUGGAUUUAAAAGGCAGGAAUAGUAGAAGAUUCUUGGUUCUCUCUUUAUAGUUACUCAAUAUAUUGGUCUGUUAUGACAAUGACAACUGUUGGAUAUGGAGAUUUGACUCCAGCUAAUCCUGAAGAAGCUUUAUUUUGUGUAUGUACAAUGUUUAUUGCAAGUGUUGUAUUUGCAUAUUCAAUAAAUACAAUUGGUAUGAUUAUUGCUGAGAUGAAUAAGUUUGAUGAGAAAAUAAAUGAAAACAUGGCGAUAAUAAAUAGAUAUAUGUAAAGAAAGAAUUUUGAGUAGUCAUUAUAAUUUAGAGUGAGACAAUAUUUAUAGAAUUUAUGGACAUAAGAAGAGAAGUUUCGAAUAGUGGAUGAAAAUAAAAUAAUAAAUUGUUUGAGUCCAAAUUUAAAAGAAGAAAUUUAAAUUUGUUUAUAUGGUUAAUUUAUUACUAGCAUUCAUAUAUUUUAUAGAUAUUUUAGUUAAGAAUGUCUUUUGGAUUUGACAAAGAAUGUUCAAGAAUAUAGGGUGGCACCAAAUUCAUAUGUAAUUGAAAAUGGAACUCAUGAUGGAAUAGCAUUAUAUUAAUUAGUAAGUGGAGAGGCUGAAAUGUUUGUAGAUCUUCAAGAUAGAAAACUUUAUAUAGGGAAAUUGAAGUAGGGAGAAGUAUUUGGACAUGGUCCAUUUUUUAAGAAUAGUGCUCAUGCCUAUAGUAUAAAGACUGAUACAGCUUGUUCAUUUGCUUACUUGUCUAAGUAAAUGUUCUUAGAUAUACUUCAAUCCCAUCCAGGUGAUUAUGUAAUAUAUUAAAUAAAAUAGUAAACCUAUAGAAUGAUUAUUGAUUAAUGGACAUUUUAACACUAGAAAUUAGAUUUAGGUAUCAAAUGUUUAGGAUGUGGAGAAACUGAUCAUGAUAUAGAUUAAUGUCAUAGAUUACAUUUAAUCUUAAAUAAAAAAAUGUUAUUAGCUAAACAUUUAUUCUCUCAGCCAAACAAAAGAUGUCUAUUUAAAAGAAAUUGUAGAAGAACUACCAAUGCUAAGUUUGGAUAAAGAUUAUUUGAAGAUGCUGUCUCAUUAUUUUAAGAAAAUAAUUUUUCAUUCUCAUCUGAGGAAGAAGAACAUAAUCCUAGUUAACUUGAAAGAACUCAUUAAACUAAAAUGACUUAAGAAAUUAGAUAUUAAGAACAUACUCAUAAUACACAUAGAUCUUAACAAUAAUAAUAAUAAUAAUAAUAAUAAUUAUAAUAGUUAUAAUAAUUAUAAAAUCAGCAAUCAAAAAAUGUGAGAUUUAGAAAGAGAUCAAGAUCUUUGAAUUCUAUUAGUGUUCAUUCAGAUGAGGAAUCUAAAUUUUAAAAAUCAAUGUCUGGAUAUAAAUCAAAUGACUCUUAAAUUGAUAAAAUAAGUGGUAUACCUGUUAAAGUUUAAUAAUUGCCAAGCUCUUAAUUAUCAUAAAGUUCUUUUAAUGUAUUUUUAAAGGAAUAUCCAAAAAGAAAGAUAUCCAAAUAAUAAGAUUCAGAUAAAUAUUCUAAUCAUUCUAUUGGAUAAAGAUAGUAAUAAUAACAAUAAUAAUAAUAACAUUAUUAAUAAUAAUAAUAUUAACAUAAAUCAAGUAGUUAAUCAAGUAGUGGUAAUAUUCCUUAAAGUAGUAUUGGUAUACCUCCAGUACCAAAUGGAUCUCCACCUUUGUUAUAUUAGGAAGAGAAAUAACUUUUUUAAAAAGGAGGAGUAGAAGAUAGUUUGUAUGUUGCUUAAGAGAGAAAAAAGAAAUCCUUAAUUGGUACUAGUUAUGCAAAUACAAAAUCAUUAAAGAAUCCUUUAUAAGCUAUACCAUCUGUAAGUGAGAUGAAUGAGACUGAGAAAGCAAAUAAUAAUUUAAAGGAAGCUUCAUAUACUUCGAAAUAAUUAUCAAUGUAGAGUAGAUCAAGAAGUUAAAGAUAUACAAUUUCAAUAAGGACAGAGAGUUAAAAAAUUCGAGAGGAUACUAAACAUGAUACAACUUAAAAACAUGAUUUUAAGAUGAAAACUGAUACAUAUAAAUAAUAUCAUGAGAGUAGUCCAUUAAAUGAAGAAUAAUUUCAUAAUACAUUUGAAUAGGCUUGUAAUUUAAAUUAAUAUUAUCCACAAUAUAAUAAGGAUAGAAUCAUCGAAAAAUUUAAAAGAUAAUAAUAAUAUAGAAAAAAUACAUACUAAUAAUAUAAGACUUGA